GACGGUGGCGGUAAUGCACCAAACGCUGUGGUUCACCGCCAUAACAGUGGAGACGAAGAGUCGCUGCGCGUCAUGUGUGCCAUGGAGAACCUGAGGGUGCUGGAGCUUUACAGUGGCAUAGGAGGAAUGCACUACGCUUUAAAGGCGAGUGGCGUACCUGCCCAGGUAGUAGCUGCCAUCGACAUAAACACCACAGCCAAUCAGACCUACAAGCACAAUUUCCCCGAGACCCCCCUCUGGAGCAAGACCAUUGAGGGAAUCUCACUAGAUGACUUCAAUAAACUGUCCUUUGACAUGAUUUUGAUGAGCCCUCCCUGCCAACCUUUCACCAGAUUAGGACUUCAGGGGGACAUUCAGGACUCUAGAACCAAGAGUUUCCUCUAUAUCCUGGAGAUCCUGCCAAGGCUGUCUAAACCACCCCGCUUCAUUCUGCUGGAGAAUGUGAAAGGCUUUGAGAGAUCCCAUGCCAGGGAACGUUUGGUGAAGACCCUAAAGGAAUGUGGUUAUACUUUCGAGGAGGUCAUGGUUUCACCCAUAAGUGUUGGGAUCCCAAAUUCAAGACUACGUUAUUUUCUGAUUGCAAAGAUUUCCACUGAAGGCUUCAUCUGCCAGAAGAUAUUAGAUGCCUUUCCACAUCCUGCUGAGAACGACUCCUACGAGCAGCCCACAGUUUUGAGCUCGACACACCCACAUACCUGUGAGCAAGAGAAGAAACUGCACGACAGCCGCGUCCUGUAUAAACUAGAGACGGUGACAGAGGUCGAAAGAAAGAUAAAGCAGAACAGCGCUCAGUCUGUCAGGAUGAUCCAGGACUUCUUGGAGCCGCAGAUGGAAGUAACCAUGGAGCAGUAUCUCCUUCCUCCUAAAACACUGCUGCGAUAUGCUCUGAUCUUGGACAUUGUUCAGCCCAUGUGUAGAAGGUCAACCUGCUUUACCAAAGGGUAUGGACGAUAUGUAGAGGGAACUGGCUCCGUCCUGCAGUGCUGCAUGCAAACAGAGCUGCAGGAUGUGUUUGCUGGUCUGGACCAGUGCUCGGAGGAAGAGAAACUCCAGCGGCUGUCAAGAUUAAAGCUCCGCUACUUCACUCCCAGAGAAGUUGCCAACCUCAUGGGCUUCCCGCAAAGCUUCUCCUUUCCGGAGCAACUCUCCAAUAAACAGCAAUACAAAGUUCUUGGAAACAGCCUCAAUGUGGUGGUGGUGUCCAAACUCCUCCAGAUGCUCGUCUCCUAGCAGGAACAGGACAGACUGCUUUUCUGCUGGGAUGUUACCUGAUCUGUUCAUCAUUAUGCUUCAUAGUGACCCAACCACUGAGCAGAGGACGUUACAUGUGAUCAGAUUUUGUAAUAAGACUAUGUUGUAAGUAUCUUACAACAUUUAUAUCUCACUGCGUUGCUUUUCCUGUAUAUAUGCAACAUUAAUUUAAAUGCAACCUGGACAGAUUUCUUAAAGUUUUACUCCUGUUUCUUGAUGAUGAAACAUGUUUAUGUUUUCUGUGAGAACUAUUUUACAUAUUUCUAAUAUAAAAACAUUUAAAAAACAAAACAAA